CGGCGGGCGGUCGUGUCACACUUGCGCCGUCGUCUGCUCCGCUCCCACCGUUUAUUUGCGUCCGUCGUUUUGCCACACGCCGAGCGCGCCCACCCGUUAUGUUCGACGGCGGAUAAGUGCAUCGCGCGCGAGGCACGGGGCUUGUUACACCGCGACGGGGCAGCGAGGAUGUUGCUGUACACGCUGAUCGGCGGCUACAUGCUGACCUCGAUGAUACUCUUCAAGUAUCCCACUCUGCUGCACAAGAAGAAGAAGGUGAAGUUCUUCUGCCAGCACAUCAGCCAUCGGGGCGGCGCCGGCGAGAGCUACGAGAACACGAUGUGCGCGUUCAAACGAGCAGUGGCUAUUGGAACGCAGAUGUUGGAGUUAGAUUGUCAUCUCACGAGAGACGGUGAGGUGGUAGUCUCUCACGAUCAGAAUCUCUUGCGCAGCACUGGCAUAGAUAAGAAUAUCUCCGAAUUGGAUUACAAGGAUUUGCCGCUUUUGAAGCAACGUUUACCGAUUGAUUUUGAUCCAGAUGUGGAGUAUAUUGGCUCGGCGAGGGAGGAGGAUCGACAAUUUGCAUUGCUGCGAGAGGUCUUCGAGGCGUUCCCUGAUAUCCCUGUCAACAUCGACAUUAAGAUCAAUAACGAUCGGCUUAUAUCCAAAGUUUCUGAUCUUAUAAAAGAAUACAAUAGAGAGGAAUAUACAGUUUGGGGAAACUUCAGUGACGAAGUCACGCAGAAGUGCUACAAAAUGAAUCCAAAUGUAAACUUAUUGUUUUCGAUGCAACGCGUGACGAUGUUGAUAUUUCUCAUGUAUACUGGCUUGUUGCCGUUUGUACCACUCAAGGAAACGCAUCUUGAAAUUUUCUUGCCUUCAAUCUAUUUGCGACGAAAAGGUGGCCCGAGUCCAACAUUUUUACCGCUGGAAAAGUUGGUAGUACGUACGAUUAAUGUAUUGUUGAUGAGGCCGUGUUUAUUUAAUCAUUUAAGAGCCCGAGGCAUACAUGUCUAUUUUUGGGUCUUAAAUAAAGACGAAGAAUUCAAAAGAGCAUUUGAUCUGGGAGCAACUGGCGUAAUGACAGAUUAUCCAACAAGAUUGAAGUUAUUUUUAAAGAAACAUACGGUAGAAUGAAUACUGGAUAGAUUUUUGAAGAGUACACGUCAGAUAACGCAAACUAUUGAGAAAAUUCGCGGAGUUAUUUGUGUCGGAGAAAAGAUAUCUGCCAGAAGAUAUACAGAGUAAACAAAGUAGUAUAUUUUUUAUAAGCAAAGCAAAACUAUUUGCUUAUGUUCCAUGUAUAAAUGCCAAUUUUAACAAAUUUGCCACAAUUGCGUCAGCCCGUACAAAUCAACUCAUUAGCGAAAUUGCGUAUACAGGUGUGCACUGCGCAUGGUAUACACUGCACACGAUAGCUUAUUGUAUUAUUGUUAACCACAUUAACCAUGCGGGUAUCCAUUCAUGGAAUUAAGAUUGCUCUGGCCUCGUAAAUCUCCCAUCUUAUUGGUCUUAUUUCAUUUUUGCUUUUUCAUUCAUUGCUUUUUCAUUUUUUGUAUCGACAAACAUAUCUAACGAGGCUUUUUCCUUUCAAUUGAAUUGUGAUUAGGAGCGUAAGCUAACAUUCUAAUUAUCAGUAUUAAAGAUUAUUUCGCGUAGCACAGGUUAUCAAGUGUAAUUAGCGAUUUGUUCUCGUAGAGAUCUGUUAUAUAAAGUAUUAUUAUAAUAUGCGCACUUCUAUCUAAUUUGCUAUUAGAUCUGUCCAUAGUCUCAGACAACAUAUGUUAUCUUUAUUUGCGGGAUACUCAUACCUUCAUAUAAUCCAAACGAAAAACCAAUAUUUCCUAACAUUAUUCAUUUUUUCUUACGACUUUUUAUUUGUCAUACUUCUCAACACUUAUAGCGAAUUUGAUUGCUCGCGCCAGUGCGCACUGCGUGCACAUUAAGGCCAGUUUAUAGUCAAUUUUUAUACUUAACUUUGUCUUAAAUACACGUUCAAAGAGUAUUUAGCCAAAAAACGAUCCGCGUGGAUGCCGUACGGAUCGUUUUACCGGCUACGAAAUAUUUCAAGAAAUUUAAGAUGAUUGUCAAAUAUAAGAAUUGACUGGAAACAAGCCUUAGUGUGCACUCAGUGUGCACUAGUGCAAGCAAUCGAAUUCGCUAUUAGAUUUGUUGUAAGGAAACGAUUCGCACAUUGUAAAAAAGCCUGCAUGCAUAUCCCAAUUUUUGGUACAAAAUAUCUAUUGAUUACUAUAUCUCUCUGGGGCCAGUGUUAACUUAGCCCAGCAUUCAAAUGCUUCGAAUAACAUAUAGUCUGAUCUAUGGUGCAUUUGUUAAAUAAGUUUUAAACUUCAUAGAUUCGUGAAGGGAGGACAUUUUAUGGAAAAAGAGAAAAA